CAGCAGCAGGGACCCAACAGUGACUGUGAGUGCCGGUGGUGUAAGAGCGGUGACUAGCGGUGUCUAGCAACAAAAAAAGGAACUAAAAGUGAUUAUCAGUGUCAGGGAGAACACAGGAAGUUUCUUUGGGCUGUUUUGCAAGUCCAUUCUCUGUUUCUGCAAAUAAGGACGUUGUUUUGCACUUUAUAAACUGACUUUGAAACAGGAACACCAAAGGCUGAGGCGUUCACUGGAAAGAUGGGGGACGAGGAGCAUAGAGUGCCUCUUGUUGAAGAUACAAAAGUGAGAGUGCUUUAUGAGACUGAAGCAUCAUACGGGCCCGAUGACAAAGUUGACUACCCUCCUGCUGGGACUAACUCCAUCUACUCUGCGAUUCUAAGCCGAAACGAGGCUGUCAAGGAUGCCACGCGUCUUAAGACCUUUUUGGAACUGCGAGACAAAUACGCGAAGAAGAAUGUGUUGUUUGAAGACCCCCUGUUCCCUGCAAAUGACUCCUCAUUCUCCUAUAGUCACAAACCGUCCAUGAAGGUGGAGUGGAAACGUCCCACAGAAAUUUGUGAAAACCCCCAGUUCAUCGUAGAUGGAGCCAACAGGACAGACAUCUGUCAAGGAGAAUUGGGUGACUGCUGGCUGCUCGCUGCUAUCGCAUGUCUGACGGUGAACGAGAAGCUGCUGUACAGAGUGAUUCCCCCGGACCAGAGCUUCACUGAGAACUACGCCGGCAUCUUCCAUUUCCAGUUCUGGCGUUAUGGCGAAUGGAUCGAUGUGGUUGUGGACGACCGCAUCCCGACCAGCAACAACCAGCUGGUUUUCACCAAAUCUUUCAGAAAGAACGAGUUCUGGAGCGCUCUUUUGGAAAAAGCUUACGCCAAGUUGCACGGGUCUUAUGAGGCACUUAAAGGUGGCAACACUUUGGAAGCCAUGGAGGAUUUUACAGGAGGGGUUACCGAGUUCUUCGAGUUGUCCGAGGCGCCCAAAGAGAUCUACAACAUCAUGAGGAAGGCGCUGGAGAGAGGCUCGCUGAUGGGCUGCUCUAUAGAUGUCUUUUCAGCCUCUGAUUUGGAGUCCCGGACUGAACAGGGGCUGGUCAGGGGUCAUGCCUACUCCAUCAUAGGCCUGGCGGAGUGUGACGAGGUUGCAAAAGACACCAGAAUUCGCCUGAUUCGGUUACGCAAUCCCUGGGGUUGGGUGCUGUGGAGGGGCCCAUGGAGUGCAAAUUCAGAGGAAUGGUCGACCAUUUCCACCGCAGACAAGGACAACUUAAAGAAACAGACCGUAGAGACGAGUGAGUUCUGGAUGUCUUUUGAGGAUUUCAAGAAGAACUUCACAAAGCUGGAGAUGUGUAACUUGACCCCCGACACCCUGCAGGGUGACGAGAGGAACAGCUGGACAGUGUCGGUCAACGAGGGUCGCUGGGUGAGAGGCAGCUCUGCUGGCGGCUGCAGGAACUUCCCAAACACAUUCUGGACGAACCCUCAGUAUCGGCUGCAACUGUCCGAGGAGGACGACGACCCGGAGGACCGGCAGGCGGCCUGCACUGUCGUCGUGGCUCUGAUGCAGAAAGGUCGAAGGAUGCAGCGCCAUCAAGGGGCAAAAUUCUUCACCAUCGGAUUUUCCAUCUACGAGGUGCCGAAGGAGAUGUGUGGACAGAAUCAACACCUGCAGAAGGACUUCUUCCUGUACACAGCCUCCAAAGCUAAAUGCAAGACCUACAUUAACCUGCGUGAGGUGACAGAGCGUAUCCACCUGCCUCCAGGAGAGUAUGUCAUCAUCCCCACGACCUUUGAGGCCCAUCAAGAGGGAGAGUUCAUUCUCAGGGUCUUCUCUGAGAAGCAGAGCACGUCCGAGGAGGCUGAGAACACAAUCGGGUCUGAUCUAACGCAGCAAGACGAGAGAAAAAAAGAAAAGCCUAUUGUAUUUGUGUCAGACAGAGCACGAGCCAACAAAGAAAUCGAGCAUGAUGGCAUUCAGGGGGAGAAGAAGAAGAAACCGAAGCAAAAACUCCUCCAACCUGAGGAGGAGACUGAAGAGGAAAAGCAGUUCAGAGCCAUUUACCAAAAGAUUGCUGGAGAGGACAUGCAGAUUUGUGCCAACGAACUCAGAACGAUCAUGAAGAACGUACUCUCCAAACAUAAUGAAAUAAAGACAGAGGGUUUCAGCCUUGAGACAUGUCGCAGUAUGAUCGCCCUGAUGGAUACUGAUGGGACGGGAAAGCUGAACCUGCAGGAGUUCAAACACUUGUGGAAAAAGAUCAAGGAGUGGCAGCUGAUCUUCAAACGAUACGAUAAAGACAAAUCCGUCUCCAUCAGUAGUUUUGAGAUGAGGAAUGCUGUUAAUGAUGCAGGGUUUCAGCUCAACAAGCAGCUGUAUGACAUCAUAGCCAUGCGCUACGCAGACGAACACCUCAACAUCGACUUCGACAGUUACAUCUGCUGCUUCGUGAGGCUAGAGGGCAUGUUCAGAGCUUUUAAUGCCUUUGACAAAGACGGAGAUGGAAUAAUCAAGCUCAAUGUCCUGGAGUGGCUUCAGCUCACCAUGUAUUCUUAAGUCACCUUCCUGACCACUGAUGUAGCUGCAGACAGUUGGCGCUCACGCUCCUGACUCAACUCUCCUGCACAGCCUCUUAAAUUUAUUUUAAAAGUAUUUUUUGCACAGAUCUUUUCUCUUUUCUCAACUCCUUGUGUCACAAAUCAGAGGUUUGAUGAUUUAUCCAGUUUUUAUGUGAAAUCUAGAUUUCUCUCAUCUCUCAAACUAUGAUGGUUUAGAUUUAAAGUCGAUGUUAUUUUAGCUUAUUUUGAAGUGACUGACAUCUGAUCAGGAUGAAGCAGAUUCCUGAAACGUCCUCACUUUUCUGGACUCCACAGCGCUGAAGUCAGAGAAACCUGAUAAUCGUGUGUUCGGCAUGAAGCAAGUUGUUGAAGAAUAUUCGGUUUGAGUAUCGGUGCUGAGAAAUGUUUGAAUAAGAGAACUGAGUGAAUGAGCAUUUAGAGAAUAAAUCAAUUGUUUUUAAAGAUAUAGCAAAAAUAACAAAUGA